GAAGUAGUUCACUGGAAUGAACGAGUUCGAAACAUCUCUACACUCACGGUCAUACAUUUCUAUGACUGUGGUUCCAAUGUAGUCAGUGGUGUUUAAAGGAAAGUCUUUGAUUAGUAAAAUCUUUGGAUGACGUUAUCGUUUGGUGGUUACAUUUGAACUUUGUUGUUUAGCGACUUUGCGUUGUUGUGACAUUUGACUCAUAACAGGAUAUGGAGGAACAACAGCAUGAAGUUCAGAGGCUAUGUUUACUGUUAUCAAAUUUAAAAAAUGAGAAUGAAGGAAUGCAGAAUGUUAUUACACCUUUAGAGUUGGAAAAUGAGAAGCAAGAUAAACUGGAAGCAAGCACUGAGAAGGUACACGAGACAGAACUAGCUGAAAUGAAUAAAGAGGAACAGCAGCAUGAAAUUGACAGACUGCGUUUACAGUUAUCCAAUUUAGAAAAUGAGAAUGAAGGAAUACAGAAUGUUAUUACAUCUCUGGAGGUGGAAAAUGAGGAGCAAGAUAAACUGCAAGCAAGCACUGAGAAGGUACAUGAGACAAAACUAGCUGAACUGAAUGAAGAGGAUCAAUGGCAUGAUAUUCACAGACUACGUUUACAGUUAUCCAAUUUAGAAAAUGAGAAUGAAGGAAUACAGAAUGUAAUUACGUCUUUAGAGGUGGAAAAUGAGGGUCAAGAUAAACUACAAGCAAGCACUGAGAAGGUACACGAGACAGAAAUAGCUGAAUUGAAUAAAGAGAUUAAUGAGCUGGAGUCAAAAAUUCAAGAACUCGAAGUAAUUUCAAGUUUGAGACGAGCAAGCAUCGAAAAGGCUGAAGAGCAACGUAUUAGUCUAACUACUGACAGUUCAGAGGAAUUACUGAUGCUAGAGGCUGAAAAAUGUGAAGCUUGGAAAACCUAUUCAGAGUUACAGAAGGGAACUGAAGAGCUUAAUGCACAAAAUAAUCUACUGGCAAGUGAAACAAAUGAGCUUUCAGAAAAAAUUUCUGAACUGUGUUCAAAACUGGCUCUGACAGUUGAGGAGUGUAAUAUGUCCAAUGAAAAAAUGGAGGCUCUUCAGGAAGAAAAUCUCAUAAUGAAAGGUGAGCUUGAAAUGCUCAAGGGAAAGGUGGUCAAUCAUUCUUCAAAAGGAAACUCACUGUUUGCUGAAGUUGAAGUUAGUCGACAGCAAUUGAAAAAUGAGGCCAAGAAGCAGAAAGAGCAGCUUUUGGCUUUACAGAACACAUAUUCCCAGACAGUGUUUGAGAUUCGGAAACUUAUGAAAGAAAAUGCCAAAAUGUCUGAAGAACUAGAACAUGCCAAAGAACAAAGAUCAACGGAAGAAUUAAAACUGCAACUCACUACAUACAAACAAUGCAUAAAGGAUCUAGAAGAUGCACAAAAAAUAUGGGAUCAGGAAGAAGCUGCUGGACCCAUUGUUCGUGGUCAAGAUGAUGAGACAGGGAAAUUUUAUGAUAAUUUACUGAGGGAAGAGAGAGAGAAGACAAAACAGGUGUGGGAACGAUGUGAAGAUAUUAUGGCAAGGUACAUUGCAGCAACUGAAGAAGUCGCAGCCACUGAACGUGAGAAAGCAGUUGUGGAAAGUAGGAAACUGCGUGCUGAGGCAGAAAUAGUAAAACUUAAACUGCAGCUCCUGAAGAGUGAAGAAGAUAACCAUAAAGAGAAUGUGCUGCAACUAGUUGUUGAAAGAUGUCCUCUUAAAGAAGUACAGAACAUAAGGAAAAGCAAGUUUGCUGCAGAAGAAGUAGAUUGUUCUACAAGAAAACUUCUCACCAAGAAAGAAGCGGAUAAAAGAGGUCGCUUGACUUGCAGUUAAAAAUGUAAGUGUGUGUGUGUGUGUGUGUGUGUGUGUGUGUGUGUGUGUGUGUGUCAGUGUCAGUUGUAUAUGCUUUUGUGAUUUUAUUGUAGUGUGUCAAUGUUUUUUACAUAAUGUUUAUUUUGAUGAAGAGCAAAACCUGUACAUACUUUUUACUAAAAUUUAUGUAUGAAGAUUAUUCUGUGAUAUUGUAUGAAUAUGAGGGAAAUGUCAUAUGUUUUCUGUGAGAACUUUAU